CAUGACUAUUGAGUAUAUCAAUCAAUGCAUGACAACAACAACCACGUUUUUAAUCAACCAUUUUUUGUUUCAGGUUUCAACCACCAAACGCUUUAGACUAGACCAGAACAUUCGAGUUUGACAACGAAAAGAAAAUUUUGAUUCUGGAUCUGGAAUUUAAAAAUCAUUACUAAAUUGUUACAUCAUCAAUCGUAUAUAUGGACACCUAUAAACAAACAAUAAUGGUGUUGAUUGAUUGAUUAAAUUUUUUUUUUUUUUGGAUAUUUUUGAUCACUUUUCACAUUCACAACCACAUAUCAACCAAAAAAAAAAAAAACCAUCAUAUCAAGAUGUCAUCAUCAACAGCGACAACAAUAAUAUUCAUAUCGAUUCUAUUCUUGUUAUUCGAAUCGAUAUCGACAUCUAUUUCAACAGUGAAUGUCGGUAUGAUAUCGGCAGCAUCAUCAACAGCUGUUUUAUCAUCAUCAUCAUCAUCAUCCGCAGCAGGAUCCAAUUCACCAGGAUCAAUCAUUGAUAAUGGUGAACAACGUUGUGAAAUAACCAUACCAAUGUGUAUGGAUAUUGGUUAUAAUUAUACAUCGAUGCCAAAUCUACUUGAAAUGGAAACACAAGAAGAAGCAGGAUUGGAAGUGCACCAAUUCUGGCCACUGGUCGAGAUCAAUUGUUCGGAUGAUUUAAAAUUCUUUCUAUGUUCAAUGUAUGCACCUAUUUGUAUUGAAGAAUAUCCUGGCCAUAUACCAUCAUGUAAAUCGGUCUGUGAACGUGCGGUAAAAAAAGGAUGUAAACCAAUCAUGAUACAAUAUGGUUUUCCAUGGCCAGAUAAAAUGAAUUGUUCUGAAUUACCAGUUUAUGGUGAUGGUCAUCAAAUUUGUAUGGAUCCUAAAAAAGGUGCUGGUAUUGAAAUGGAUAAUCAACAUAUGAAUAAUAAUAAUGGCAAUUCACCAUUAUCCAAUAAUAAUAAUGAAAAUAAUAAAGCUCAUAAUCAUAAUCAUCAACAGCCAUCGAACAACAAAGCUAAAUCAAGAAAUAAUUCAGGCAAUAAUAAUAAUGGAAAUAAAAAUCAUCAUCAACAACAACAACCACCACCACCACCACCACCGUCAACACAUUAUCCUCCAUCACCUGCACCAAUGGAUAAUAACAAUAAUGUCAUGAUAUUUGAUACUUAUGAUGAUAAUAAUGGUGAUAAUAAUAAAUUAUCAUCAUUAAAUCGUGAAAUGAAAACAUCGAUUAAUAGUGAAUUAUCAAAUAAUAAUUGUCGAUGUGAUUGUCGUAUGCCAUAUUUUAUACGUUUAAAAGGUAGCCAAACAUUUGAUGAUGGAACAUAUAUUAAUAAUGGCGGUAAUGAACAUCCACAUCAUCCACAUCAUAAUCAUUAUCAUUCAUAUCAACAACAACAACAAUCGAUACAUCAUUUUAAUUAUUCAAAAAUUGAAACAGCAUCUGGAUUGGCACCAAUGUGUGCAUUAUCCUGUAAAGGUGCAUAUCAUUUUAAUGAAAAUGAACAAGAAACGGCAUUCUUUUGGAUCGGUAUUACAGCUGCUAUUUGUGCCAUUACUUGUUUGUUGACUGUAUUCACAUCGUUAACCGAUACUGAACGUUUUCGUUAUCCAGAACGUGCCAUCAUUUUUCUUGCUGCUUGUUAUAUUUUUAUUGCCGGUGGUUAUUUAUUACGUAUUCGUUUGGGUCAUAAUGCUAUCGCUUGUGAUGGACCAUUCAUUCGUUAUCAACGUACCGGACCAACACCAGCAUCAUGUAUAUUGAGUUUUAUAUUGCUAUAUUUUUUCGGUAUGGCAUCAGCAUAUUGGUGGCUUAUAUUGACAUUAACCUGGUUUUUGGCUGCCGGUCUUAAAUGGAGUAGUGAAGCAAUCACUAGUUAUGCUCAAUAUUUUCAUCUUCUAGCAUGGUUACUACCAACAGCUCAAUCAGUGACAAUAUUAUGUUUAGGUUCUAUUGAUGGUGAUCCAUUUAUGGGCGUUUGUACCGUCGGUAAUCAAAGUCGAGCCAAUCUAUUAAUAUUUGUCAUUACACCAUUAUGUGUAUGCAUUGCUAUUGGCAUACUAUUCUUAUUUACCGGUUUUGUUGCAUUAUUUCGAAUUCGACGUGCAAUUCGUCAAACACAGCAUACAAUUCGUGUUAAAACAGAUAAAUUGGAAAAACUUAUGAUUCGUAUUGGUUUAUCAUCAUUUUUAUAUAUCGUACCUGAAGUUGUAGUUGUAGCCUGCCACAUUUAUGAAUACAUUUAUCGACCAUUAUGGGAAAAAUCGAUCACUUGUUUAUGUACUAGUAGUAGUAGUAAUAAUAAUGAUAACCAAAAUGAUAAUCAAUAUACACCACAAUUCAGUAUCAUUAUAUUGAAAUAUAUAAUGAGUCUAAUCAUUGGUAUUACAUCAAGUUUUUGGAUAUGGUCUGGUAAAACGUUGGAAUCAUGGAUGCGAAUUUAUUCAAAAAUUGUUUGUUGUUCAGGACCAUUUGGUUCACCAAAUUCAUCACGUUCUUCUGGCGCUAGUCAAUUAUUACCAAAUAUGGGUAACUAUUAUGGCCGAGGUAUAACCGGAUUAUCAGCCAUAAAUGGUGUUGGUGGAUCAUCAUUGCCAAUGAAAACACAAACAGUAAAUCUUGGACCAACAACAACAACAACAACUACGAUUAGUCAACCGACAACACCACAUCAUCAUCAUCAUCAUCUUCAUAAUCAUCAUAAUCAAUUACAUCAACAUGUCCAUCAACAACAUGAUAUGCAAUCUAGACAAGCAUCGUUAAUAUUAGCACCAAGACCACCAUCGAUUCCACCACCUUUGCCACCACCACCACCAUCAUUGAUGGCUGCCAUGGCCAAUAAUGGUCAUCAUAAACAUCAUCAUGGUGGUGGUGGUGGCGGCGGCGGCGGUAGUGGAUCAUUAACCGGUUCACAAUUUACACAUAUGAUUGGUUCAAUCAAUGGUACAACCAAUUCCAAUAGUAAACAUCCAUUAUCACAUGUUUAAGAUGAUGAGCCAAACAUUUUAAAAUACAAACAACACAUAUCCUCUCAACAUACUCAGAUCAUCAUUAUUUAAAAUUGAAAUUCAUUUGUAAAUAUCAAAAACAAAUUUGUACAAAUUCAGGAAUAUUCUUUCCUACAUAUAUACAUAAAACAGGUAAACAAACAAACAAAUGGAAUGUGAUUCACAUCAACUCUCGCAAAACAAACAAACAAACAAACAAAGAUAACACCAAAAUGACAUUGAUUAUACAAUUUCAAUCAAAGCCACAUGAACAGGGUAAUAAUUUCUUAAAACAAACAAAUGGAAAAAAAUUGACCAAAAAAAAAAUCAGUCAAAUUUUUAAUUUUCUUUUUCUCGUUUGUUCGU